GCGGCUAGACUGCGCAUGCGUGUCAGUGGCGUUAGCAGCGGACCGGGCUGGCAGUUCCUUCCUCGGAAGGAGAGAUUUCUCUGCCAUGGAGUCCUACGAUGUAAUCGCCAACCAGCCUGUUGUGAUCGACAAUGGAUCCGGUGUGAUUAAAGCUGGUUUUGCUGGUGAUCAGAUUCCUAAAUACUGCUUUCCAAACUAUGUGGGUAGACCCAAGCAUGUCCGUGUCAUGGCAGGAGCACUUGAAGGUGACAUCUUCAUUGGCCCUAAAGCUGAGGAGCACCGAGGGCUGCUCUCCAUACGCUACCCCAUGGAGCAUGGCAUUGUCAAGGACUGGAAUGACAUGGAGCGCAUCUGGCAGUAUGUGUAUUCUAAGGACCAGCUGCAGACUUUCUCUGAGGAGCAUCCUGUGCUCCUGACUGAGGCACCUCUAAACCCACGGAGAAACCGAGAACGGGCUGCUGAAGUUUUCUUCGAGACCUUCAAUGCGCCGGCCCUCUUCAUCUCCAUGCAAGCUGUGCUCAGCCUCUAUGCCACAGGCAGAACUACAGGUGUGGUGCUGGACUCGGGAGAUGGUGUCACCCACGCCGUGCCCAUUUACGAGGGCUUUGCCAUGCCCCAUUCAAUCAUGCGCAUUGACAUUGCUGGCCGAGACGUCUCUCGCUUCCUUCGCCUCUACCUGCGGAAGGAGGGCUACGAUUUCCACUCCUCCUCUGAGUUCGAGAUUGUCAAGGCCAUCAAAGAAAGGGCCUGUUACCUGUCCAUAAACCCCCAGAAGGACGAGACACUAGAGACGGAAAAGGCUCAGUACUACUUGCCUGAUGGCAGCACCAUUGAGAUUGGCCCUUCCAGGUUCCGGGCACCCGAGCUGCUGUUCAGGCCAGACCUGAUUGGUGAGGAGAGUGAGGGCAUCCAUGAGGUGCUGGUCUUCGCCAUCCAGAAGUCGGACAUGGACCUGCGGCGCACGCUCUUCUCUAACAUCGUCCUCUCAGGAGGCUCCACUCUGUUCAAAGGUUUUGGUGACAGGCUACUGAGUGAAGUAAAGAAACUGGCUCCUAAAGAUGUGAAGAUCAGGAUAUCUGCACCUCAAGAGAGACUGUAUUCCACAUGGAUUGGGGGCUCCAUCCUUGCCUCACUGGACACCUUUAAGAAGAUGUGGGUCUCCAAGAAGGAAUAUGAGGAAGAUGGUGCCCGAUCCAUCCACAGGAAAACCUUCUAAUGUCGGGACAGCAUCUUCACCUCUCUCUGAAGUUAACUCCACUUUAAAACUCGCUUUCUUGAGUCGGAGUGUUUGCGAGGAGCUGUGUGUGUGUGUGGGUGUGUAUGGGUGUGUGUGUAUGGGUGUGUGUGUAGGUCUGUGGGCAUGUGUGGGUAUGAGUGUGUGCACAUAUGCGAGUGCCGUAUGGCCCAGGGAUCCCAGGGCCCGGAAAGGACGAUGAACUACCCACGAUGGCGAUGGCCUGAGGCCUGGGGUUGACCACUAACUGGCCCCAGAGAGAAGAGUGCUGGCAGAGAACCCCACUUCUCCGUCAGCCGGGCCUUUGACUGUGUUGGACUAUGUUAACUAUCGUAGGGAGAUAGAGCGGGAGGGAAAGCCAACCCCCCGGGAGACCUUGCUGCUGCCCAUCCUAGGCUGGGCUCGCCCCAGACACCCCAUGCCCAGGGUGCCCUGAGGCCCUUUGCUCAUCCUGCUCUCCAUGCCUCUUGAUCAUGGAUAGGGCUGGGGCGUGUUCCAUCCAGUGUUGCAGUUUGGGCAUGGGAGGCUGGCAAAGCACUCUGGGAAGUGUCACUGACGGAGUCAGGAGAGGGCAGGGUGCCUUCAGUGUCCCCAGGGAACCAGGACCACUGUGGGCAUAUGAGGGAGGCAAGAGCGGGCUGCUUCUCACUGGCAGCGGGGUUCACCCUCCAGCCCUUGUGAAUGGGGUCUUUGGAGAAUUUAAGGAGACUGACUGUUGGCUCCAGGCCCUGUUACUUGCUUUCUGUUCAUCCUUGGGCAGUGCCAUCUUCAGUUUUAUUUAUUGAAGUGUUUAUUCAGUAGGGACAAUGGAGAAGAGUUCAUUGCCUCCUGCCCACCAGUCACCCUGUACACACUAUGUUUACAGCCCCUGAGCACAGCUUAGCACCUGGGCCCUGCCACUCCCUGAUGACGGUGAACUAACAACUGUCACAGGCCCGGGACCACUUGGGAUCCAGGCCUUACUCAGUCACUCCACUUUCCUUCUCCCUCCAGUCUGCCCACUGCCCUGGAAUCAACAGGUUGCUGGUUGGAAUAUUUUCAAACAAGAGGUAGAAUCACUAACAGAGAUCCCCUAGCCAGAGGUUAGGGAGCCAGCCCCUUUAGGACUAGAGAAGGAGCUAUAAUGAACCAAGUUGCCUUUUCCCACCCUAACUGACCCUAGGGGGCUAGAUUGUAAAGAUGAGAAGGACCCCCUCUGGGCUGCUUUUGUGCCAUCCUUGACUUUGGACUCGUUUGGUUAGGGAGGGAGGAGGCCAGACCAGAGUGCCAAGCGCGAUAGGGCCAGGUGCCUACCCUGGACUCGGGUAGGCCCAGCAGUGGUUGAGUAGUUCAGCCCAAGCUGUGCAGUGCUGGGGCUAUCAAAUCUUUACUGGCACCCUCAGUUGUGACACCAAGACCUGCCCCACCCCCAGGUUCCAGCAGUAUUCUCCCCACCCCACCCCCGUCCAAUGACCAAAGGCCCUGCCAGGUGUGGGCCACAGCAGCAGGUGUGUGUGAAAGCGAUGUGGCGACCCGUGGACUGCAGUGUGCUUAACCAGCUCACCCUCCUCUUAGCCCAGCCCUGUUCCUCGCACCAAACACGCUGCCUGGUGGGGCCCAAUGUACUUAAAUAAAGUCGUUCCAAUAGACAA